AUGGACGAAGACGAACUACUGUUGUUUAAAACCUCAUUAUUACAUAUACUACUUAAGGACGGCGAGAAAAGUGAAUGGGUGAAUUCCAUUUUUCAAGAGAGAGAAGAGCAUGGCAAGUUUCACACGUUAUUUCCAAGGCUGCUGGAGCAAGAAAAUAAAUGUUUCGAAUACUUCAGUAUCCAAAUUGACACGUUCUGGUACAUACUAAAUGGAAUUAGGCCGUACAUAGAAAAACAAAGUAAUUUUAGAAAAUGUAUUUCUCCAGAAGAACGACUAUCGGCAACAUUAAGAUUUAUAUCUACGGGGAUGGCUUUUAGAUCUUUGGCUUUUUCCUAUCGGAUUGCACACAACACUAUUGCAGGAAUAAUUUAUGAGACCUGUGAUGCCAUUUAGGAGUGUUUUACUGAGAAACAUAUGCCUUUUCCUACAGCAGAUUUGCUUGAAAAGAGUGCAAAAGACUAUGAGCAGUUAUGGAACUUCCCAAACUGUGUUGCCAGUAUCGAUGGCAAACAUAUGCGCAUUAAAUGCCCGAAAAAAACUGGGUCGAAACACUUCAAUUAUA